AUGGAACGGCUUCACUACCUCCGAAGCUGUGUACAAGGCCCGGCAGAGCAGCUCAUCCGCAGUCUUCCGAUGACAGGCGACUUACUACAAGCCUCAUGGGAUCUUUUCAUUGCGAGGUAUGAGAAUAAGAGACUUAUCAUCCAGGCGCAUCUCGAUAAUCUCUUCAACCUCUCGAUGGCGACGCUAAAAAACGCAGUAUCUCUCAUCAAGCUCAUCUCAACCGUUUCGGAAUCAAACAAGGCGCUGCAAUCACUAGAAAUGACGCAAGACAUGUGGGACUGUAUUCUGGUGCAUCAUGUCUCUCGCUAUCUCGACCGAGACACCCGAGAAGUAUGGGAAACCUCUCUUGGCUCGUCUCAAACGUAUCCGCGGUUCUCUCAGCUCGACGAGUUUCUCAACUCCAGGGCGCGUGCUUUGGAGAGAAUCGAGGCGGCGUCAUCUCAACCGGGCAGCUCAAAGGGAUCAAUCAGCUCACUUAAAAGCACAGCCAGCUCAUCGAAGACGCCCACAAAGCGUGUCUCGGCUCAUCAGGCGUCUGCACAGACGCACUCAUCCAAGGUCGCAUAUCCAUGCGAUAUGUGCUUGGAGCAGCACUUUAUUGUUACUUGCACCAAAUUCAGAGAUCUCAUGCCCGCUCAACGACGAGACGUUGCAGUCGACAAAAGGCUCUGCUACAACUGCCUCGGCCGAUACAACAUCCGCUCAUGCAAGUCCUCGCUCAGCUGCAAGAUGUGCUCAGUGAAGCAUCACACGAUGCUGCACGUGCCGCAGACGACGACAGAACUUGCCCGUGUCCACUCAUCCGUUGCCACUCAUGAGACAAGGCUGCUCGUCGAUCACGGUUCUGAGCUCACCUUUGUAUCAGAACAUCUCACCAAGCAACUCAAUUUACAACGGCAACACUCGACCAUCUCAAUCAUCGGGAUUGGUGGCAAGAAGACAACUCAAACAAAAGGCAUGGUCACACUCACGCUCCACUCAAACCACUCCAACUCAACGGCCACCAUUCAUGCAAACGUUCUCAAGACACUGACAACGAUUCUACCAUCAUUCGCGGCAUCUCAACAAACAUGGCCACACAUCGAAAAAUUGAACUUGGCAGAUCCAGAGUUUCUCAUUCCACGGCCAAUUGACAUCAUCAUCGGUGCGAAUUCAUACGGGCUGAUCAUCAAGCACUCAGCGACAAUGCCAAUCGCUCAACUAUCUAUCUUUGGUUGGCUGAUUCUUGGUCCGGUCCGCUCAAACUCUCACAGCUCAUCAUGCCAAGAUUCAAGAAAGUGA